GCAACGCCGUUGGACGUGUCGCACCAUGUGUGACUCGAGGACAUAAAGUUCCUCUUCCGCCGAGCCAUGAGAUUACGCCGUUCUCGAUAGACUAGACACAAUUCUCCGGCUUCUCCAUGUCAAAGUGCUGCGCCAUCAUACUCUUCCACAUUCCGACUCACAUGCUUCCGCCAGCGGGGUCGAGGCUCGGAGCAGCUCCUUGUGGUGCGAAUACGAUCCUCGGGGCUAGCGACCAUGGCUACAACUACACCGGCGGAUACCUCGAGGAGUGGUACUACAAGAUCUCGGGAGGAUAAUUUCAAGCCUCUGGUCUGCGUGGUGGACUUCAAUCACCACCGUGGCCCUGAGAUCGAGCACUGGAUAGGCGUAGAAGAUGGCACAGAUCCUGUGACUAUGAAUGACUGGGGUCUCAUACCUUAUAUGGCCUUGCCUGACGGCGCACAUCAGAACGAGGAGGAGUUUUCAUAUUUCAGUCUCGUACACAAAGGCAGUACCACUGCUGCAGGGAAGGACAUUGAGCCAAGCUCCGUGUUUGGCAUAUCUUGCAUGCACCAGAUCGAUUCGAGCACACUCACGUGGAAGAGCGAGGAAGUGACCCGGAGCGCUGUGCAAAAGGCAGUAGUCGUGAUCACCGAUCGACCGGAAGGGUUCAGUGCGCUGCGUGAAAAGCUCAGUGCGGUCACGGCAGCCUGGUUUGGCCAGAAAGACUUCAGAGAUCUAGAAAUACUGCAGCGCUUUCAAGAGAAUCUAGUUGAAGAUAUUGCGAGAAACGAGGAUGAAAGAGACCAAUACUUUGGCCUUAGCUUGAGGGAGCUUCUGCAUACAUUCAAGUGGCAGACUCUGGUUAUGCUGAAAUGUUUGUUAUUGCAGCAGAAGGUCUUAUUUUUCGGCUCCCAGUGCGAACGGGUGUGUCAGGUCCAAUUUUCGCUCAUCUCGCUGAUUCCAGGCUUGGUCCGUAGCUUGCGUGAUUGCGCUGACCCAGUCAUGGAUCAUUAUGCGGAGACCUUACAGAAGUCGGACUCUGUCCGCACAAGCGAUCGGGCGUCUUUGCUGGCAUAUAUCGGACUGCCAUUGCAAUUGUUUGGGAAAGGAUCCAUAUUUGGGCCAUAUACACCACUUCAGCAGCUGGACAUGGUCACGGAUGCCAAUACACAAAGCUAUGUGGUGGGGAGCACGAAUAGUCUGCUGUUACAACAAAAGGACAAGUAUUGCGAUUUGCUGGUCAACUUAGACGAGGAUAAUGUGCAAGUGCUCAACCCAGCGCUGAAGCAUGCUUUGGUGUUGACCACGGCGGAUAGGAGGUGGAUUGACUUCCUCACGCAAUCAGUAAAUGAUACGUGGGAUGCGUUUGACCCAGGUCGGCCUACCACCCACGGCUAUGCGGGAAGCGAAGAGUUCAUCAGACUUCAAUUCGAAGAGUACCUGAUAGCACUCCUGUCAGCCACAAAGUAUCACGAAUACAUGGCAGCACACAAGGACAGUGAUACCAAAUUGCUCGUCGCGGAUAUCGAAGGCAAUCCCGCCUCAGAUUUCUCCCUAACGUUUGUGGAAACCUGGCAACAAUCCGAGAAUUACAAGUUAUGGAACAGGACGACCGAUAGCCAGCUCUUCGACAUCGUGGAGCCCCGUCAUCCCAUGGCGGGUGGCUUGACCAUCGAAGAUGUGCAGCGUCGACUGGCUGUCCAGAUUUCAGAGCUACAUCUCGACGAACGCUUCAGCCAGACGAGAGAGGUUGUUGGCAAGCGCUUGGCAGAUGGACGUUUGCAAGUGGCAUCUGCAUUCAAUAAACUUUCGGCAGAUUUCCAGGAGAUGAGAGAAGCACAAAGGAAGCGAUCUGAGGAAGCAAGAGUUGCAGCGGCGGCCAAUGCACAGAAUGCUGAGAAUGAUGCUGCCCAGCAGAGUAGACUCCAAAAGCCAGAUAUGCAACAAGCUCAGGCAAGUGUGGCCGCUGCGAGUCAACGAGCUGGUGCAUAUCUGAGCUCAUGGGGCUCAUGGGCUGCUGAGAAAAGGAAGACCGGGUGGUACGGACAACGUAGCGCGAGUAGCGAACAAGUCGAAACUGUUGCUGCGCCUCCUAAUCCUGGAGCGGUAGCAGCGGCAUCAUAUGCAAUCAGGAAUUCACAGCCAUCGGGCGGAUUGAGAGAGCUGAAACUGAAUCGGUCAAACACCGAGGAUGAGAAGAUCUCUUCCACGAAGAGCGCCCCGGGUUGGAGAUUCUCGACUUCUUGAAAUUGGACAAUGAUGGGAUGGAAUCAGAAGCUUAUCAGAUACAUGUAGUGCCUCUGAAGACAUUCGCUGCAUUCCAUUGCACGAAAGGAUCAAGGCCAUAUCCUAGGGACUUUUGGGUAGCCCUGAGUACCUGAGAGAAUCAAAAACGCGCAAAGCAGGAUUU